GAUACGACUAAAUGUUUAUACAAUCGAAUUAUGUAGGAUUUGCAUACGUGUCAACUCUAUAGACUGGCUCUGUUGUAAUAUUAUGUAUUGAUUCUGUGAUAGAAUUGAUCUCACGUUGGUUUUCUGAUCCAGUAUGAUUAUAUGUGUAACAUAUUUAAAGUACUGUCAAUAAAAGAUAGAAAUAUUACUUGUAGAAUCAGUAUUUCUUAAUAUUAAAGAAUAGAAAAUGGCACAAAGCGCUUCACUAUUAUCACGAAUAGUAGCCUCUUCUGUAACUGCUACAGUGAGAGCAGGUAAAAUCAUAAGAGAUGUUAUGAAUCGUGGAUGUCUAAAUAUAGUAGAAAAAAGCAAGAAUGAUUUACAAACUGAAGCUGAUCGUUGUGCUCAAAGGUGUAUUAUUGCUUCAUUAAGUCAUCAAUUUCCAAAUAUUACUAUUAUUGGUGAAGAAGAGGCAUCUAGUUGCGAAGUACCAUCUGAUUGGAUUGUAACAGAGGCAGAUCAAGAAGUAUUAAAUUUACAAUUACCAGCUCACUUAGAAAACAUUGAUGCUAAAGAUGUAUGCAUUUGGGUGGAUCCAUUGGAUGGAACAUCGGAAUAUACACAGGGUCUUGUUGAACAUGUUACAGUUUUAGUAGGAGUGGCAAUUGGACAAAGAGCAGUUGGAGGUGUAAUUCAUCAGCCAUAUUAUAAAAAUGCUGAAAGUAAUGUGUUGGGACGUACUUUAUGGGGCAUUUAUGGUGCAGGAUUUGGUGGAUUUACACCAUCUGCACCACCAACUGGAAAAAGAAUAAUUACUACUACACGUUCACAUUCAGAUUGUAAUGUUCAAGCAGCUAUAAACUCUUUAUCCCCAGAUGAAGUUUUGCGUGUUGGUGGUGCAGGAUAUAAGGUAAUACUUUUAUUGGAGGGGAAGGCUCAUGCUUAUGUAUUUGCCAGUAAAGGUUGUAAAAGAUGGGAUACCUGUGCACCUGAAGCUGUUCUUCAUGCUGCUGGAGGUAUUUUAACUGAUUUUUAUGGAGAAAAAUAUCCAUAUCAUGCUGGAACACCAUAUCCAAAUGUAAGAGGUGUUUUGGCUACUGCUCCUGGUGAAGUUCAUGAAUGGUAUUUGAGUAAAAUACCGUCCGAAGUAAAAGAGAGAUUAGAACAGUAAUGUAAAUAGUUUUGUGGGAAGAAAAAAAAGAAAAAUGAUUUAAUUUAUAUAUAUAAAUUAUUGAAGUAUUCUGAUGAUAUCACUAUAAUGGGAAAUGUUGGGAAUGGUUUUUAAAAAAUUACGAAUUCUAUGUAAUAAAGUAAAAAGAAGUUGUGUUAAAAGAAAAUUGUAA